UCAAGACCAAAUCUUCUGGCAAGGCUGCUCCUAUUCUUUGUUUACCUUAUUUUUUUGUUGGGGCCAAAAAAACGCGCGACGUGGACGUGACGGAGGGGGAGAACAGAACAGAUCAAAAGAGAACGAAGCUCGAGCGCCACUCACCGCUCACCUGCCCCCCCUUCUGCUUAGCACUGCCAGUUGGGCUUCAGGUGUUUUCACAACGUGCCUGCCUCUACACUGCUCUGGCUCUUCUGUUCGCCGCGCUCCCGCUGUUUACACAGCAUCUGGAUCUGGAUCUCUCGGUCUGCGAUCAGAAUCCGAUCCGAUCUUAUCUGGUGACCUGGCAAUACUGACAACGAGGCGCUCUGUCCCUGUCCGAAGCUCGCCGCAAUCUAGUUUCCCAUGAGCGCGGACAAGAUGAACGGACGCUCUAUACGCAUCAACCGGCUGCCGGCCACAAUUGUGGCCAUUCUCCUGACCAUUGUGCUGGUCUACUUCCUCAAUUUCCAUCAGGAGGAGAGGCCAGCCAUCUAUGGCAUGCUACGCAGCGACAAUCCCAAUCGCGUCAAUCUUCGCAAGAUGUUGAUUGCUGCCAUUCAGGCGGCACAGCGCGGCGGUCUGGAGGUGCUGGACGUGGCGCGGUCCCGACAACUCAAGGAGCGUAGCAAGGGCAAGACGGACGAAGGCGUCAACGAUCCAUUCACCGAUGCCGAUGGCCGGUCGCACUGUGUCAUGAAGCUGGGACUGCAGCGCAUCUUUCCGCGGGUUCUCAUCUUCUCCGAGGAGGAUAAGGAGCACUGCCGGCAGGCGCAUGGCUAUGACCUGGAUCCCACGGUGCUGCACGAAACCGCUCAAGUGCCGGAUGUGAGCGUCAAUGCCCAGGAUGUAACCGUCUGGGUGGAUCCACUGGAUGCCACAAAGGAGUUUACAGAGGAACUGUACGAGUACGUGACCACAAUGGUCUGCGUUGCGGUGGCCGGAAGACCCAUCAUCGGUGUAAUCCAUAGUCCUUUCAAUGGACAAACUGCCUGGGCCUGGGUGGGCAACUCCAUGUCCGAGUACCUGGCCAACCUGCAUCCGCAGCAUGCUUCGGACAGUCAGGCGCCCAUCAUCACCGUUUCACGUUCCCAUACCGCCGGGGCCAAGGAUCUGGCGCGGGGCAUUUUCGGCGAGGAUGUUAACCUGCUAACGGCGGCGGGUGCCGGCUACAAGGUGCUCCAGGUGGUGGCCAACAAUGCCACCGCGUACCUGCAUACAUCCAAAAUCAAAAAGUGGGAUAUUUGCGCCGGUGAUGCCAUUCUGCAUGCGCUGGGCGGCACCAUGACCACGCUGACUGACCAAUUGAUUAACUACGGGCCGGAGGAGUCGCCGGUGAACACGGAGGGACUGCUGGCAACGCUGGAGCGGCAUGAUGACUACAUGGAGAAGCUGUCCAAGUACCGGGCGGCGCACAAUGGCAAGCUGGCGUAGGGGUUGGCUGACCUCCAGCUUCCCGGUUACCGGUUCCUCACCCUUCCUCCGCCCCCACGAGGAAAGCCCUUCUCACUGAUCGUUUAGGCAGCAUUCAAAAAUAGCUCUAAGUUCUAAAGAUGCAAACCUGUUUUUAGCAAUCUCAAUCUUUGUUAGUGUGCUUCUCUUUAUAUUUUUUUGUGUAUGUUUAUUUGCAUAAUUACGUUGGUUGUGCGGCGGCGGCGAUCGACGGGGUCAUGAACCCCGAGCGAAAAGCCGCCCAGUUGGCUCAAAAAUAAAUCUAUAUUAAAUUGUA